AUGGGCUUGGAUCCUCCGUUUGGCAGUGAGCCCACACAGCAGGCUCCUUCCGUUGAUCCUGUCAAGCCAAGGGUGAUCUUCUCCUCCAACAUUCCGCAGAAGAUAGCGGACUGUGUCUCCGAACGUCGUCUUUUCAUAGGCGGGUCCAAGAGCAGGCUCGUGGACUUGGCUUCUGAUAUUGGGGAGCUAGAUAUUAUUCUUGAGCUAAAUACUUUGCUUUUGAGAAAUCGUUACUUGUUGCCCACGGAUUUGGUGAAAAGAAACUUGAUAUUUGUGGCGAAGAGGAAAAGCUAUAAGCACACUCCAAAACCUUUCAUGGGGUUCAAAGGCAUCUGGAAAAGCAUCUUUGAGAUGUCAAGCCCGUCUGAGAUAUUUGUUGUUACCUUGAAGGUUUCUCUUCGACGCUUGGUGGUUGAUUUGGCGAAUGUAAACCACAUAGUCAUUGUCUUACAUCAUGAGGAACUAUAUGACCCUAUACUACGAGAUAUCGAUCUUUUAAAGGCUAUCAAAACAUACAUUCACGAAAAGCUUCUAAUAGAGCUCAAGAAUAACUCCACUAUCACCUCGGAUAUUUCCGAUACGAAUACCAUCCUCCAAGAUCUGCCUGUCAAUGAUUCAUUGCCACUGAUGAAGGAUUUGCAUAAUCAAACCGAGGAGUUGGAUAACUCUCUCGCUGAUAUUACGCUAGACUCACAGACAAGCAUGCCAUUCCUUGAUAAACAACUCGUUUACGAUGACUUUGCCGAGUUAAACACUUCGGAUGAAGACAUCAAAGUACUCUUUUCUGAUGAUAGCGGCAGGUGCACGGUGGAUGACGAGGAUGAAAUACAGUAUUCUGAUAAAAGCAAGUCAAAUGUUCUUUCACCGGUAUUAGGAGGCCGGCUUCCUGCGUUGAUAGAAAGCACUGAGUCCAAAGAAAGUUCGUUUUGUUUGAAUGAUACUUCAUCUCAGGACAAUCUACACGAGUACAGCGCUCCAAAGACAGCGUUGGUGGAGCCCCAACCAAGAACUCCCACGAGGCGCCUGACUGUGCUCCGCUCGCCGCAUGGUUCCAGGAUAGAAAGUGACUACUUGAGUCCGCGUUCAGUAUCGGUACCUACAGAGCUGUCUCCUAGACAAGCCGAAUCGGCCCCAUCAUUGAUGAAACGUACAUCUAUGUCCACUCUUCAGCCGUCACUUAAGAAGAAGAGUUCAACCUCUUCCUUCACCAUGGUUAGUUCGGAUGAAAAUCAUGGUUUGGAAUAUGCAUUCAGGGAUAAGUCGCCAACUGUUCCAACAUAUAUCAAGCGUGACAAGAAAUUCAAGUUCAUCAAAGUUGGCAAAGUGCAGAAGUUUGUCAAUUUGUUUGAGGAACAGAUGCCCGGCAGCGAAUCCUCCACAAGAAACAAUUCCCGACCUGGAAGUCCACUCAAGGGCCCCAGGUUUUAA